GUCAAGUCGGCAUUCUCCAUUUGUCUUUCCCCACUAUCCAAUCACACGGAACGUUUUUUAAAUUUGUGUGAAAACCACGUGCGACCGGGGACAUCUUGGUAAAUCCUUCCAAGCCUUCCACAAUUCCACUGAAACAUCAUUAUCCUAAGUUGAUACAGCAUUAAAGAUGUCAACGGACGAAGGAGUCUCUGCAUUCCAAGUAUUUCAGGCAACAAAGCAGAAUAAAAAGUUCAAAAACGCAAAGAAAUCAACAAAAUCUGUUGUACAUAACACAAAGAAGCCAAUAGCUAAGCCUGCAGGUGACAAGGAACACAAUGUAAGUAAAUCAUCUAACAAGAAACAGAAACAGGAGAAGGAAACAAAAACAAAAACAAAAGCUACGGAGGCAUCCUCAAAAGUUGGAACGAAAAAGCAAUUAAACAAGAACAAGCAAAACGAUGCUGGUAAUCGUACAGAACAACAAAAGCAGCCCAAAACCAAACAAAAACUGCAGGAUUAUUUGGCCAAACAAUUGGAGAAUGAUGUCGAAGUUAAUUCCUCGGAAGAUGACUUCGAUAGUGAUGAUCUAGGAAGUGAGGAAUACAGCUACACUGAAUCUGAUGAGUUCUCCAAUGAGUAUACCAUUAACGAAAGUGGCAGUUUUUCUGAAGAUGAAGAAAUGCAGGACGAGGAGUCGUUUGAGAAUGAGCUUCCAACAAAGAAUUCUAGCAAGGAUAAUAGGAAACGUAAAAGUCCAGAACCAACGACUCAAUCUAAAGCCAAGCCUUCGGAAAGUAAAAUAAAUGGCGAAGUAUUACACGCCAAAAAGGCCAAAACCACAGAUCGUAAAUCUUUGCCAGAAACCAAAACUCAAAAACCUACAGGCACAGCUGAUAACAAUAAUCGCAGAAAAUCCAUAGCUACAUCCCAACAACUGAGAAAAGUUUCCAUCACAUCGGUAGAUGUAAAACUUGAGCCGUUGUCUCCACCCCACAAUGUCGCCAAAGUCAGCAGCAUUGACGAAGGAAAGCGAGCCUUCCAAUGGCUAUUAAAUCCCGUCUCAGUAGAUGAGUUCUUCAAGAAGUAUUGGGAAGCCAAGGCUUGCUUAAUAAAACGCAAACAAUCCAACUACUUUUCCCAUUUGAUAUCUUUCGAGGCCAUUGAUGAAAUGCUAAUAAAGAAUCAUGUGGAGUUUACCAAAAAUGUUGAUGUAACAUCAUACAAAAAUGGGGUUCGUGAGACAUUAAAUCCCGAAGGACGUGCCAUGCCUCCUGUCGUUUGGGACCACUAUGGCCAAGGAUGCAGCAUUCGUUUGUUGAACCCUCACACCUUCUUACCUCAGUUGUUUACUCUGAAUACAACCCUGCAAGAGUAUUUCCAUUGUUUGGUGGGUGCUAAUGCCUAUUUAACACCACCAAAUAGCCAGGGAUUUGCCCCACAUUAUGAUGACAUCGAAGCAUUUGUGUUGCAAAUUGAAGGACGUAAACGUUGGAAGUUGUAUAAACCACGUUCCUCCGCCGAAAUUUUGCCAAGGGAAUCCUCUCGUAACUUCACACAAGAAGAAAUUGGGAAACCCAUUUUGGAAGAGGUUUUAGAACCGGGCGAUGUUUUAUAUUUCCCACGUGGUACCAUUCAUCAGGCCUGCACAGAGCCUGGCUAUCACUCGCUGCAUAUUACAUUGAGCGUUUAUCAAAAACAAUCAUAUGCAGAUUUGUUUGAAAAAAUGCUUCCCCUAAUGAUUAAGAAAGCCAUUGCGGAAAAUGUUGAAAUGCGUCGAGGUCUACCUCUGAAUACCUGGCACCACGCAGGCAUUGCUUUCAGCGACAAUACCACAAAAGAGCGAGUGGAUCUGCAGAAGAAAGUCACACAACUCUUGCACAAGUGCAUUAGGGAUAUGCCAUUGGAGGAUUUAGUGGAUGCAGCGGUGGAUCAAGUAGCCAAAAAGUUCCAACAUGAAGCUUUGCCUCCCGAAAUAUUGCCUUCGGAACGGACACGUACUGUUUUCGGUUCACGCAAUCACACCAAUGAACGCGGCGAAUGUGUUUGUGAUUAUGAUAUUGAUGAGCGCACAAAUGUUCGCUUAUUGAGGGCUAAUAUCAUGCGGCUGGUGGACGAAGAGGAAAAGAUACGCAUCUACUAUUAUUUGGAUAACUCAAAAGAGUAUUGUGAAUAUGAGCCCAAUUUUAUAGAAAUCGAACCAAUGGAGGCCGCCAGCGUAGAGGUUUUGAUAAAAAGUUAUCCGCAAUACAUUGGGGUCUCCCAAUUGCCCUUGCCCAGUGAUGAUCAAAAGAUCAAUUUAGUUACGGCGCUGUGGGAGCGAGGUUUGUUAAUGAUGGAAAAACCAUUUAAAUAAUAACUGAAUUUGAUUCCAACCGUAUAGCUUAUUCAAAAGUCUGUUAGAAUCUAAGGUUUGUUAAUUUUCCCCCAUUUCAAUUUGUUAAUUAAAAAUAAAUAUGUCCAAAGUCCUAA